UUUCCUGAAAAUCAAAAUAAUUCCCUAUGCUGCCCAGUCACACAGAACCAGGGGCUGUAUCUCUUUGUGUACACGAACACGAAGAAUAAACAAUGCAUUUUUUACGGAAAUGAAACUGACAAAAGGCGGCGCCAUUCUCAACUAACACUCUCUCUCUACUCCCUUUGCCCCCUCUCUCUCUGACUGUUGCAUGUUUGGUGACUUUGGUUUCUGUUUAUAAAAGGGCCGAAAAUCACGUCUUCUCUCUGUUUCUCCCUCUCUCUUGGUCCUUGUGCUCCUUCAAUAUAUUGAAGCUCUUCUCUAAUUGCAGCGCCAUGCAAGUCAGGGGCGAAGAGUUUGAUUUCAAUCAUUUAAUAAAAGAGGCUUGCAGUCGUUGGCUGAAACCUGCUGAAGUUCACUUUAUUCUCCAAAACAAUGAUCAUUACGAAAUCACAGAGAAGCUACUCGACAAGCCUCCAAGUGGUUCUUUGUAUCUCUUCAAUAAGCGGACACAGCGGUUUUUUCGUAAGGAUGGGCAUAAUUGGAGAAAGAAAAGAGAUGGAAAGACUGUGGGGGAAGCCCAUGAACGACUCAAGGUUGGAAAUGUUGAUGCUUUGAAUUGCUAUUAUGCCCAUGGACAAGACAAUCCCAAUUUCCAAAGACGAUGUUACUGGAUGCUGGAUGGGGCAUAUGAACCUAUUGUCCUUGUUCAUUAUCGGGACGUUACAGAGGGGAGGAGUAACUCUACAUCGAGAUCUGAUGCUUUUAGAUUCCCAGCUCAGCAAGCUGAUAUUUUUAAUGCUCAAAAUCUGGGUCCUAACCCUGGCAGCAGUGAAGUAUAUAAUCCUUCAUGGAGUUCAUUUAGUCCUGGAUCUGGGGAAGAAGUUAGCUCUCAUACACUCACGGGAACUGAAGGAACAAAUCUUUAUGAUGAUAAUUCUGCAAAUGCAGAGGUUAAUCAAACAUUGAGGAAGAUUGCUUUACAAUUAAGCGUGGAUAAUGCUGAUGAUAACUCUUUGUACUUCCUGGAGAACCUCCCUUCAAACUUCAGUGACAAUGAUACCUGUCAUGGUCGAAACCAAUCAGCAUAUGAAGGAGGAAAUACCGACCAAGAUGGCAUCAUGAAUUUGCCACCAUCGGAAAGGGAACAAUGGGAAUACAGUCAACAUUUAAACACUGGGAAACAACCAGUUGAUGGAUUGAACAGAAAUUCCCUGUUGAACAGUGGUGAAUUUCCUGGACCACAACCUUCUCAAUCAUUGGUUGCACAACAUUCAACUGAAACGCCAGGAUUGCCAACUUGGAAUACAACUGGGACAAAUUUCCAGUCAGUUGGCUCUGCCACACUGCCUAUACCAAGUUUUCCCCAGUUGUCUAUGAACAGGACCAAUUACUAUCUGGUUGACAAAAUUGAUGCAGCGGUUCCUACUGGAUUUCAUAAAAUCCUAGAGAAUGAGAUGCCGCUAUAUUCUUCUGAAUUGCCAAAGAUAUUAAUGGAUCAGGCAAAAGAGGGAACAGAUUUCUCAUGGCAGCUGGCUGAUGACCCAGGCAAGAAUGCGACCCAAACAACUUGUUCUUCUGUAGUUUUCGGAAAUAUUGAAACUCAAAAUCUUAUUGCUGCUGCAAAUGAAAUCUUGUUUGGCCCUGAUGAUCACAUCUCAUCAACAAGUGAAGCUGUUCUUCCCCAAGUUGGACAGCCUAAGUACACUUCGAACUCAUCAGAAUCAAAUGUUAGCCAAUCCAACUCUAGCAUGGACAUACUUGGGAAGUCAGACGGCUUUGCUUGGAUGGAUAGCACAGAGAUAGCUUGUAACACUACAUAUUCUUCUGAAGUUCCUCCAUGGUUUAGCCAGGAAAGAUAUCUUGAAACUUUAUUAAGUGAUGCCAGUUCAGGUCUGACGGUUGCAGCAGUACAACGCUUUAAAAUCCAUGAGAUAUCCCCAGAGUGGGCAUAUUCUACUGAAGGUUCAAAGGUUCUCAUUAUUGGAGAGUUUCUAGAGGAUCCUUCAAAGUCUUCUUGGUGUUGUAUGUUUCGUGACAUUGAGGUUCCUGCAGAAAUUAUUCAUGCAGGGGUCCUUCGAUGCCAGGCUCCUCCUCAUGUAACUGGAAAAGUUACUUUAUGCAUAACUUGUGGAAACAGAGAAGCUUGCAGUGAAGUAAGGGAAUUUGAAUAUCGUUUUAAGCCAGACAUUGGUCCUGUGCAUAGUCAAUCUCAAGCAGAGGAACCCGGAAGCAGGGAUGAACUGCUUUUGCUUCUCAGGUUUGGGCAAAUGCUCAUUUGUGGGAAAGUGCAGAUGUCAGAAGAGAAAGAAGCUAGUGAAGACUCAUUGACUGCACUUUCACAAAAGUUGCAAAUGCCUGGUGGUCCAUGGAGUCAGAUGGCAGCUGCAAUCUCAGCUGGAAAUGCGACACCUUCCUUUACCAUGAACUGGCUUUUGGAAGAAUUUUCCAAGGUGAAAUUGGAGGAAUGGCUAAAAUCUAAAUCCAAGGAAGGAGAAGCCCUAUCAAAGCUAGAUCAAGAAGUAAUUCAUAUGAUAGCUGGCUUAGGCUAUGAGUGGGCUUUAAAUCUUGUUCUACGGUGUGGUGUCGGUAUCAAUUUCCGGGAUGCACAUGGUUGGACGGCCCUUCAUUGGGCUGCACGCUUUGGAAGGGAAAAGAUGGUUCCGGCUCUUAUAGCUGCUGGGGCAUUACCAGGCGCUCGGACCGAUCCUACCUCAAGUGACUCGGCUGGAGAAACUGCGGCUUCCAUUGCUGCUACUUAUGGUCACAAAGGACUUGCUGCCUAUCUUUCUGAGAUGGAUUUAACCAACCACCUUGCAUCACUUACCCUAACUGAAUGUGAAAUUACCAAAGGAUCUGCAGCUGUAGAGGCUGAGAAAACCAUUGAAAGUGUCAUAAAUAAAAGUACUGCAGUUUCUCUUGGUGCAGAGGAUGAUACCUCGCUUAAAGUCUCCUUGGAAGCAGUUAGAAAUGCAGCUCAGGCAGCGGCGCGUAUACAGGCCGCUUUUCGUGCUCAUUCUUUUAGGAGGAGAAGGCGGCACGAAGCUGAAUCUGUUCAAGAUGAGUAUGGGAUGACCCCAAGUGAGAUUCAAUGUAUAUCAGCUAAAUCGAGAUCCUUUCACAACCUCCAAGACUAUGGGUUGCACAAUGCUGCACUUCAUAUUCAGAAAAAGUAUCGUGGUUGGAAGGGGCGCCAAAAGUUUCUAAAUUUACGUAAAAACGUUGUGAGGAUCCAGGCUCAUGUGAGAGGGCACCAAGUCAGAAAGAAAUACAAAAAGUUAUUGUGGGCUGCUGGGGUUCUAGAGAAGGCCAUACUAAGGUGGCGCCGGAAAGGCGUUGGCCUUAGAGGGUUUAAGGCUGAUCUGGAGUCCAUUGAAGAGGAAGAUGAAGAAGACAUUGCAAGGCUUUUUCGUAAGGAAAAGGUGGAGUUGGGUAUUGACCAGGCCCUCAAAAGAGUGCUCUCCAUGGUUGAUUCCCCUAGGGCACGCAGUCAAUAUCUUCGCAUCAUUGAUAAGUAUAGAGACGCUAAGACUGAAUUUGGUGGAUUUGCUGAUGAAGGUCACAUGCAAGGUGAUGAUGACAACAUGGGGGAUGAUGACAUGAAUUAGUUAAUGUAGAGGUCGAUUUUUCCCUUACAGAUACAAAAUUUUGAAGCCAUAAACCAUAGAAUCUGACCCAUCCUUGGCUGUACAAAACAACUCUGUAUCAUUGCUUCUUGUGUAUAAUAAUAUGUACAGAAUGUAUUGUUUUUCA